CCUGUUUUUUUAACUGUCUUCUCCCUUCUUCGCCGUUCAUUUUCUGCAAAAGAAUUCAUCUUUCUGCAAAAAGAAGAUCGAAACCCCCCUCUGAAAUUUCUUCUUCUUUCUUCUUCUUCUUCAUUUCCUUGCUAAAUCUGGGUCUUUGAUUUCUUGAACCCAUGUGGCUAUCUCGAACCAAUUCAAAGACCCGGAUUCCCAGAAACCCCUCCUCCUCCUCCGAUUUCUCCUGCUCCUCCUUCAAAGACAUUCUCAGCCUCUGCGCCGACGAGCCCACUUCCGGCAACCAGACCCGAUUCAAGAAGUCCAACAUCUUCCACCGCGUUCUCCGGGCCAACGCCGUCCUCCGCGCCCUCUCGGGUCACCUUCCGCCCAAACCCGGACCCGACCCGUAUGUCCCCCUCGACCCGCCGGAGAGGGCGAGUCCGAUCUGUCUCCCCGGAUCCGAGAAGAGAAUCGUCGUCUACAUCACCAGCCUCCGCGUGGUCCGCCGGACGUUCGAGGACUGCAAGGAUGUCCUAGCCAUUCUCCGGAGCUUCCGGGUCUCGAUCGACGAGAGGGAUCUCUCGAUGGACCCCAGAUUCAUGGACGAGCUGAAGGCGAUCCUCGGAGUCCGGGACAAGAGGAAACUGACACUGCCGCGGGUUUUCAUCGGCGGGAGGUACAUCGGCGGCGCGGACGAGAUCCGGCAGCUCCACGAGGCCGGCGAACUGAAAAAGUACGCCGAAGGGCUCCCUCCGGCGAACCCAGCCACCUGCGAGGUCUGCUACGGCCACAGAUUCACCCUCUGCCCGGAUUGUAACGGGAGCCGGAAGUAUUACAGCGAAAAAAGUGGGUUUCGGAUCUGCACGGCCUGCAACGAAAACGGCCUCAUCAGGUGCUCUUCUUGUUCCGGCUGAGCAAAAACAUCUUUAGAUUAUGAUAAUAACUAGCAGAUGAAAGAAAAGAAAAGAAAAUUUACACAAUUUUUUCGGGGUUUUUGCAACUUCAAAGAUUGAAUCUUUAGCCAAUCUUGCUGGUUCAUUGAGGGCUUCUCAUCACUGUUAUCAUUUGUAUGGGAGAAAGAAAAUGGCAUUUUGACUUAGAUGAAAAAAACUUCAUUUUCAGUUCUCUCUUAACAAUUACUAACACAUUUCUGUAAACUAGUGAGUGAAAACCUGAGAUAUGAUGACCAUGGCACUCACCAUUUUUUGUUUAUG